CUCAAGCGGCGGUGCCGGCGCGGCCUGGCGCUGUCGCCACGUCGCCGCUUGCCCAUGGCAGUGGUGCUUUCCUCCACUGCCAAGUCGGAGCCAAUGCGGGGUUCGCAGCAGGGCGGCCAGGUGGUCACGGCGACGGUCAGCAGCCCCGAGCCUCGCGGCUCUCUGCAACCGGUCACGCCGACGACCACCAGGGGCUCGCUGAUGUCGCCCGAGCCCCGCGGCAGUUCCGAGCCUCGCAACUCGUUUGGACGACGCGAUCAGCGCGCCUCUACCCACAGCUCGGCGGCCUCUCUCCUUGCUGCACCGGUGAGACGCAACGUCCGCGCCUCAACGAGCUCCGCGGCUUCGACGCUGGUCACGCCGCGCAUUGCAGCUAGGAUGUCGCGCCACGUCCGGGACAGCUACCGCCUAGGCAUACCCGAGAGCCCCGGGCAGGCCCGAGAGGCAGAGGCCCAGCGCCUGCGGCUGCACCGGGAGAUCCGGGAGAAGGGCGUGCGGGCAGACCGUUUCUGCCAGACGUUAGGGGAUAACGAGUUGCAGAAGCUCUUCGGGGAAAUGGAGCCGUGGCGGUUCGAGGCAAACGAUGACGUCGUGGUGCAGGGCGAGGUUGGCCUCCACUUCUUCGUCGUGCAGGACGGCAGGCUGGAGGUGCUCGUGGACGAGCAGCAUCGGGCCUGGAUGGGCGCGGGGCAGUCCUUCGGCGCCCUGUCGCUGCUCUACCAGUGCCCGCGGACCGCCACCGUGCGCGCCCGUGAGAACGGAACCCAGGUCUGGGGCGUCAGCGGCGACGUGUUCAGGAGGGUGCUGCGCGAUCACGCUGAGCACAGCCGAGCAGAAAGCGCGCUUUUUCUUGACUCGGUGCGCUUGUUUGACGCUGCUUCUGCUACGCAGAGGGAGCGCCUGGGAGAGCUGACCCUGCUCGAAGCAUUCAAGCAGGGCGACCAGGUGCUGUCGCAGGGCCAGCCCUCGAACGCAGUCUACUUUGUGAGGAAGGGGCAGCUCUCGAAGGUUCAGGGUGGCAUCAUCCUGUCCGACAGAAGAACCAGUGCAAAGCACAUCGCGACCCUCAGGCCGGGUGACUGCUUCGGCGAGCGUUCUGUCCUCUUCGGCUCGCCCGAGAGCGAGUCGGUGGUUGCUGACACCGCGUGCGAGCUCCUGAGCAUAAACCAAAAGCAGAUCAGAGAGGUGUUCGGGCAGGGUGAGCUGUCAGCCUGCCUGGAGCGGGCCUUAGCCCUGUCCGUGCUGCGGACCGUGCCAGUGAUAUCACAGCUCAGUUUCAGGAAUUUGCACCAAAUCGUGGCGGUCAUGCAAGCCAGCAGCCAUGAACCUGGCAGCGUCGUGGACGCUAGCAAGCGCCUGUUGAUCGUUCUGGACGGAGAGAUCUCUGGCAAAAGGGUGCCCACACGUGACGACGGCCCGCCCUGCAAGGCGGCGGCAGGCGCCGCAUCCAACGCGGUCAGGCAGGGCAUGGCCAUGAAGGCCGAGGCCGCGGCGAAGGCGGAGGUCGAGGUGACCCUCCGUAGAGGCCAGUGCUGCGGCGAGGGCGCAUUCGCCGAGCUCGUGGGAACCGACAGGAGCGGCGAUGCCAAGCAGAAGCCGGUGGCCGGGCUGGCCAAGGUAAAGGCCGGUGAGCAGGGGGCGCGCUUGUUGAGUCUGGCGAAGCAGGAUCUAAGCAAGGCGCUCAAGGGCAUGGGGCUGGCCAGCCUGGGCACCGGAGAGAAGGCCGAGGAGCGGCUCCGCAAGACCCUCCUGGCCCGCAAGGUGCCCAUCUUCAACGACCUCUCGGAGGAUCAGAUCAACAGCCUGGUGGGCUCUUUCGUUCACCGGAAGUACACGCGCGGCGCCCGCGUGAUCGAGAAGGGCGAAAUGGGGAACGCAAUGUUCAUCAUUGAGAGCGGCGAACUCUCGGUUCUGGGCCAGACUCUUCUGGGCACCGAGGUCACGACCCUAGGGCCCGGCUCCUGCGUGGGCGAGCGAGAGCUGAUCCUGGGCGACCAGCGUGGCGACCAGGCCCGAGCCUCCUCUGUCGAGGUGAAGGGCAGGGCCGCAGAGCUGUGGUCGCUGGACCAGGCGGCCUUCCUGCGGGCGGUCUCGGAGAAGAUGCGGGAGGACCUGGUCCGCCGCAUGAGGAUCGAGGACACCCCCGUGACCCUGAAGGCCCUCCGGCACAUCCGCUUCAUCGGCGUCGGAGGCUUCGGCUCCGUCCAGCUGGUGGAGCACCGCUCCGUGCCCGGCGUUCGCUACGCCCUGAAGCGCGUGGUGCUGAAGGACGGCGAGGUGCCGGAGGGCAUCAGGCAGGAGUGCGCGCUGCUCGCCGAGGUGAAGCACCCGCUCAUCCUACAGCUGGUGCGGACGUUCAAGACUUCCAGCAGCAUCUACAUCCUCACGGAGCUGAUCACCGGCGGCUCCCUGCAGCAGCACUUGCCCUCUCUGGGGGUGAUGGAGCGGCCAGCCGCGCGAUUCUACCUGGGUACCAUGGCGCUCGCCUUGGAGGCGCUCCACGACCGGCUCAUCGUGUACCGCCGCCUGAAUCGGACCUACACCAUCACGGGCACCGUGGUGUACAUCAGCCCCGAGGCGAUCCGCGGGCGCGGGUACGGCAUGGAGGCAGACUUCUGGGCCCUGGGCGUGCUGGCGUUCCAGCUGUCGGUGGGCCGGGACCCCUUUGGCCACGGCGAGACGGAGGACAAGCUGAUCCUGGAGCAGAUCCUCAGCGAGGAGCUCGCCGUCGUCCUCCGCCGCCUCCUCGCGCCCGUCCUCCCCGGCCCUCUCGGGCCGCCCAGGCCCCCGGAUCGCCUCACGGGGCCCGUCGGCGUCGGCCCUUCGGCCUCCAGCGGACAGGGGCCGCGCGGCCCAGCAAGACUUCCCCCCCCAGACAUGGUCGCGUCGAAAAAAAAAUCAUGGCGGGAGGUUUUUGCUGUGUUCGGCCCCCGGGACCCUCGCCGGGCCUCGGGACCGUCACGUUAG